AUGGCGUCUCCACCACCUGUCAAAAAGAGCCGAAAGGCCAAUUUUUCGGACAACGAGCUGUCGGCUCUGGUAGACGGAUACGAGCAGCGCAAAGUGGCGAUUGAGGGAAAAGGGAACAGCGUGCAUGGCUCGAUUGCCAAGCAGCGGGCUUGGGAACAAAUUACUCGCGAUGUGUUCGCAGUUUCCGGCAUCCGAAGGGAAGUGGCCGACAUAAAAAAGAGAUGGGCCGAUGCCAAGAGCAUCAACAAGAAGCGAGGUGCAGCCGUGAAAAAAAGUCAGUGUGCCACUGGAGGCGGCGUAGGUGACGAGCCCCUCAACGAGAUGGAGGAGAGAAUCGUGGGGCUGCUCAACAUGGAGUCGGUGGAGGGCAUCCCAGGCGCCUUUAACAUUGGCGUUGCCCCGAUUCAAGAGGUGUUUGUGGGUGUGCCCUUCUCCCUGCCACUCUCGGGUACUCCUGCCAGGCCGAGCUCAGCAAAGCCAGUUCCCUCAGUUGGUACUCCUGCCAGGCCGAGCUCAGCAAGGCCAGUUCCCUCACUUGAUAGCCAAGAAGCAAGCACGAGCACGAGUGGCCAACCAGAAAUUUGA